UUUUUUGACUACCUUGCACCCUGUGUACAAAACUGCUGUUAUGAUCAACCAACUCUUGAAAGCUUUGCCAGCCUUGAUCUUGCGGCUGGGACCUACUAUGGUGAAUGAGAAAGACCUACUGAAUACAGCUGGUUUUGUGUGGUUGCAUGGCAAAUGACAAUAAUACUUGUGGCAGUGCUGACGGCACAGCUGGCACAGCACACGUGUUCCUUGCGUGUGCUGUCGGUGCUGUCCUGUGAAGCCCAAUCUGUGAGCAGUUUGUUGGUGGGGAGGCAAUAGGCAGUGCAAUAGGGCUGAUAACAUACAUAGAUGUGAAUUCGCUGUAAUUUGGUGGGAACCGACGGUCCGACAGAAAUGGAAUUUAAUCCGAGAGAUCAUCCCCAUACGAGGUACAAUCCCCUGAAAGACGAGUGGGUGCUGGUUUCCCCGCAUCGAACAAAGAGACCUUGGAUGGGCAAAACAGACAAAGUCACAGAAGUCGAAAUCCCAGCUUUCAUUGAGGGAAAUCCGCUGUGCCCAGGCGCUACUAGGGCAAAUAACGAGGUGAACCCACAGUAUGAGUCAACUUUCACGUUCCAGAAUGAUUUUCCAGCACUCCUAGAGGAAGCCCCAACUCUUAAAGGAAGCGAAGACAGCAGUCUCUUCCGCAUGGAAGCUGUACGGGGCACGUGUCGUGUAAUGUGCUUUCAUCCUUGCUCAAACAUGACACUACCACUGAUGGAGCACGCUCAUAUUGAACGUGUCAUUAAGGACUGGGUCGCUCAAGUUCACGAACUUGGCAAAGAAUAUGCUUGGGUUCAGAUUUUUGAAAACAAAGGCGAGAUCAUGGGCUGUUCAAACCCACAUCCCCAUUGCCAGAUAUGGGCAAGUUCUUUUCUGCCGAACGAACCCCGGAAAAAGGACGAAACCCAGAAAGCUUAUUUUAGAAAACAUGGAGUACCGCUUUUGGUAGACUACCUCGAGCAAGAAAUAAAAAAUCAAGAAAGGAUUGUGGUUGAAACAGAACACUGGGUUGCUCUAGUUCCCUUCUGGGCUGUGUGGCCAUAUGAGACAAUGAUCUUGCCAAAGCGUCACGUGCCUAGAAUGAGCAACUUGAAUAAUGCUGAACAUUCUGAUUUGGCAAACGCAAUGAAGCUGCUGCUUACCAAGUAUGACAAUCUAUUUCAAGUGCCUUUCCCCUACUCCAUGGGUUGGCAUGGAGCCCCUACUGGAGAAUACUUAAGCCAUGACAUGUCUCACUGGCAGCUACAUGCCAUCUAUUAUCCUCCUCUAUUACGAUCUGGAACGAUACAGAAAUUCAUGGUGGGAUAUGAGAUGCUUGCUCAGCCACAGAGGGACAUAACACCGGAGCAAGCUGCAGAGCAACUGAAGUCACUGCCAGAUGUUCACUAUAAGACGAUGCACCAAACUGAACAUUGAAGAUCAAGAAUGCCAAGUUGAGGAGAAAGCAACAGCAUACAUGACAUGCAGGUCAUGUUGCUUUUCUUUUACAAACUAGUCCACAUAUCUUUAUAUAUCAGUUAUUUAAUCAAGAACUAUAUUCAUGCCAAAGUUAUUGGGAACGCUGUUUUUAGGAUGAUAGUUGAAUUUCUAUUUUUGGAACUAUUUUGAUUAUUGUGAAAUAUCACAUUUCAAUAAAAGUGUAUUAUUUUC